AUGAGAGAAAUAGUUUCUAUUUAUGUUGGAUAUGCAGAAAUUCAACUUGGAUAGGUUAGUUGGAAAUUAUUCUGUCUUGAAUACGGUGUCUAAUUAAACGGAAUAAAUAAUAUUGGGGGAACAAUAAAAGCAGAAGAUGAUGCUAAAAAAAGAUUUUUUUGGAAAAAUUUAAUGGAUUAUUAAUUCAAAGGUCAAUUUAUUAUGAUUUGGAACCAACAGUAAUUAAUGAGAUAGAAAGUGGGAGUUUUCGACACACAUUUCAAAUCUUAAUAACUAAUUUCAGGUUAGGAAAACUCUUCAAAUAAUUUUGCGAGAGGGUAUUAUACAAUCGGCAAUAAAACUGUAGAUAUUUGUUUGGAUAGAUUACGAAAAUUAGUUGAAAAUUGUGACGAUUUAUAAGGAAUUUUGAUUUACCUCUCUAUCGGAGGAGGAAUUGGUUCAGGCUCUGGAUCAUUAUUAUUAGAAAAAUUAAGAGUCGAUUAUGAAAAAAUAUAAAUAUUAGAUUUCACAAUUUUUCCUUCUCCCUAAUUAUCUCAUGCUGUGGUAGAACCUUAUAAUUCAAUAUUUGCUACCCAUUCCUAAUUAAUCACACUGAUGUAUGUCCGUUUUGGAUGUAAUGCAAUAUAUGAUAUAUGUACAAACAAAUAAGAUAUUGAAAGACCAUCCUACUCUAAUUUAAAUCGAAUUAUAGGGUAUAUUUAUUUCAGCGUUAACACUUCCUUUAAGAAUUGGUUAAUCUUUCAAUCUUUCAAUGGAGAAAUAUCAGAGUUCUAAAUAUUUGGUCCCCCUAUUAAAGAUUACAUUUCAUACUUUGUUCUUAUUCCCCUAUUAUAAAAACUUCUUAAAUUUAUCAUUAAUAGCUAUCAACUGUGGAAGUAACGAUUUCAGCUUUUGAAAUUGAUAAUAUGA